GCGGUGUUUUUAAUUGACAAUUUGACAAGUCCAAACACAUUUAAAAGUUGAAAUACACACUUUUCCAUAAUUAACCUUUCUAAUGUUCCAGUGCGAUUUAAAGAAGUCAAUAAAAAUAUAUUUCUGUCUUAAAAAACGGAGUGGGACAACGUAGAAUUUCACUGCAAAAUACUAUUUCAUAAAUGAAAACUGUCUGGGUCACUGAAACGCUCAUUGCAAGUGUAUGUUUUUAUGUUGCAAACAAUUGACAACAAAAAACCAAUAAUUUAAUUAUCGCAUGAGUAUAAAAUGUAGUUGUUGGAAAGAGAAAAGGGACAAAGAAAUGUAAAAAAUAUUGUUCUGGCUGUGCUGCUGCAAAUAACUGCAUCAUCUUGUGUUUGUUAAAUGUUAUUUUUGUUUCAUCAUGCAUGUUUAAACUUGUAAAACUUAACAAUUAUUCUCUGCGGAAUUGCUUGGAGUUAUUGAUAUAGGUGAUAAAAUGUCAACCAUGGUGUGUCUGUGAAUUCAUGUUUAGCUGCAAAAAUGGAAUAAUGUAUGUGGAUUUUACAUGAAUAUUUAAUACACAGACAAGUGUUGAAUAUGGACUUGCAUUACCCUGUUUAAUUAGUGCAUAAAUAGAAGUUUGAAAAUGGCUUUAGAUGACAGAGUUCACAGACUGACGGAGAAUUUAGAGGGCACAAACAGAAACUUGAAGAGUUUGGAUCGUAUGUUAGAUCAGUAUCGAGAUGUUGGCAGAGAUCACAGACAUAAUGUAGACAGGUUACGAGACGAUGUGGGUCGGACCCAUCAGAUGAUCAGGGACGAGCGGCUAAGAGAUUAUGGGAGUGACAGCGAGUAUGAGGUGGCGUCACCUAUAUCCCGACGGAGACGUAAACCCCGACGAUCAACCCUCAGAUUUGCAGAUGAUAUGAAUAAAGAAUUACACAGUCUACAUCAUGCAGUCAGAGAUUUAUCUAGCGAUCACCUCAAUCUAGAGACCAGUUUUAACAGAGAGGUUGAUAGGAGAGACGGGUAUGACAUGGAUACCAGAAGAAAGAUCCGUGAAAUUUCAGAUGACCUCAAGAGAUUUACCUCAUCCGAUCCUGUGGCAGAUCGUGUUGAACGUCGAUUACGUAUGAUACAGUCAGAGCUUGAGGCAGAUAGACUCGUGACAGGACGAAAUGAAGAACUGUGCAAUCUAUCUAUGGAACUGAGAAAUGCACUACAACAACAACAAGCACAUGCACAACAGUCAGCUAUUGAGGAGAGAGUGAGAUCAUCGUACCUUCAGAAUGAAACACAGAGACACAGGAUGGAGUCGGAUUUAGAUGAAAUGAGGCGGAAAUUGGACAUGGCGGAAGGCUCGAAGUCAGCUAUGCAGCAACAGGUUGACGAUUUGCGUAACCAGUUACGUCGAAUGGAAUCAGACCGAUCGAGAAUGAAAUCUCACAUGGAGGAAGCGAGGCUGGAGGAUGAGUUGAGGGAAAGGAGAAAGAGAAGAUCUAUGGAAGAAGAUCAGAAGAAGAAUUUAGAGCGUGAACUUUUGGAUUUGCGACAGCAAAUGGCACGUUCUAUUGGUGCUACAAGUGAAACCGAGGAACUGAGACGAGGCCUCGAGAAAAGUGAGAGACAGCGGGUACAGCUGUCAGAUCAUAUAGAGACAAUUACAAAAGAUUUAGAAAACAGAGAAAAACAGACAGCAAAACUUAUAAAUGAACUUAAAAGUGUAUCGGAUAAGUGUGAAGAUGUUGAAAGACACAAAAACCAUUUGAUGGUUCAAGUUGAAGACACGACAGCAAAAUUACGUGAUAAUAGUCGUGAGCUAGAUAAAGCAUUAACGGAACUGAGAAAUACUCAGUUGGCGCUUGCAGAUGCAGAGAAGAAACGAGAUGAGUUCAAGGGUCGUGCUCAGGAAACAGUUAGACAAUGGAAGAUGAAGGUGAAACAGUUGGAACGGGAGUUAGACCGUCACAAACACGGGAACCAGCAGAUGAUGCAGCGUAAUGAGCAGCUUGUUAAGGAGAUGGAGGGAAUCAGACAGCAGGGACAUACCUAUGGUAUACAGCUGGAAAACAUGCGACGAGAAUUAGGCGAUGCCCUGGCUGUAAGAGCAGCACAAGAUGAGCAGAUAAGAUUGAAGGAUGUUGAAAUCAACGAGCUCAAAUCGUUACGAAUGGACCUUGAUAGAGAAUUGAGAGAUACACGCACUGUUUCAGAAAGGUUGGAAAAUGAGUUACAUAACGCGCAGUCUCGUAUAGCUCAGGUAUCGGAGGAGAGGAACCGUCUCGAGGAUCGGUUGUCAGCGGUAGAAGCGGCACACUGUCUUGCUCAGGAUCAGGCUGCCCAACUGCAGCAAGAACUGAAGGAUCUAAGUUCCACAAAGGGUCAGGCUGCGGCAGAAUUAUCAGAGGCUAAGGGAAAAAUACAUGAUCUGAGACAGAGCUACAUUGAAAUGCAACACAGAGAAAAGGCAGCGAGGGAGGAGUCAAAAUUAGUUCAGAAACAGUUACAAGAUGAGAGAGAUAACAGUCGAGUUGCGGUAGAAACUUUAAAACGAGAGUUAAAUGAAGCAAAGGUGAGAGAGGCACAUGUUCUACAAGACCUACAGAGAAAGUUGAAGAAAGAUAAGGCAGAGUAUGAGGCAGCUAUACAAGCUCUUAAGAUGGAGUUAUCUGAAGAUAAAUCUAGUCUGAAAAUCUCAAAGAGGAAUGAGGAGAAAUACAGGAAAGAAGCUGAGAUUUUACAACAGGGUAUGAACAGGUUUGAAGAGGAGAACCAGAAGUUACUGAGUCGUCUUGACCAUACAAAGAAAGAGUAUGAAGCUCAGUCUCAAAUAAAUGAAAGUGAUAUGUCUAGAUUUAAGAAACUUGAGGAUGAAAUCUUCCAUAUGAAUUCAGACUUGAAAAAAUCUGAGAGGAAAUAUGAGAAUCUUGCCCAGGAUAUGAUAUCAGAAGUGGAUGCCUUGAUGGAUAUAAUGUCUACAGGAUGUAUAGAAAAAUUCAAGACUGUUAGUGCUGUUAAAGGUGCUCUAAAUGGAAAUUUGCUGGCUGAUUUAAAGAUAAAAAUGAAAUGGCUACGAAAUCAGAUACGAGAGAAGAUCAAGUAUGAGCAGAAGUUACGCAAGGAUAUUCGGGAUGCUCUCACUGCCAAUGAAGGAGACAGGAAGUACUUGCUACAGGAACUUGCCAGACGAGAGGAAGUACUUGAUGAACUCGCAGCAGCCAAACAAGAACUUGCACAGAGAGAAAUAGAAAAUCUGCACUGUGUGGAAGUUUUAGAGAAAUUAGGGUAUUUUGAGAAAGAGGAAGAUAUCAGAUUAGGAAAUACUGUUAAAGAUGAAAAGAAAGAUCACAUUUUGGAUCUGACAGAUGAGCUGGAGCUGAGAAAGAUCCGUGAGUCAGAGACCCACAAACAGCACGAGUAUGAAAAGCAUCAGAUAAUCACUGAUAUAGAGGGCAUGAGGGAUAAAGAAAAAGCUAGAAUUGAAGAAAGAUACAUCAGAUUACAAGACACCAUGAGAGCAUUGCAAAAUGAGAUCAAAGUGGCCAACUUGAAUCAUCAACAGGUCGUAGAAUUGGAGAAGAAUAUUGAAAAUGCUAGAAAGUCACCGGGAAGAAAGAAGGUCAAUAACAACAACCGAGUCCGUAUUCAUACACCAUCAAAAAGUCCCCAUAGGAGACCUCAGACACCGCCUUCAAGACUUCCAAAGGGUCACGACGAUUCCAUAGCGCCAAUGGAAAUGAGUGAUGAACAAUUCUCUCGUAAAUUCGCACGAAGAAAAUCAAUCGAAGAUGGAGUUUUGUGAUGAAAAUGCUCAAUCGGUUCUGUUGGUGCAAGAGCACUGGAAUUAUGGCGUACAGUAAAUGCGAACUAUGUUCGUUGUAUGAGUACUAAAAAUGCUGUGAUGAAAUAAUGUUUUAGUUUUGAGUAGGAAUAGACUUAUUAGCUAUAUGACAAAGUUAUUGUAUUUUGUCAAAGUCCCUUGUGCUAUAACUGUUAAAGACUUCUGUUAUGUUGAGUUUUAUGCAAGGUUUUGAAAGAUGGAUGUUUAUUUUAGAAGUGUGUAAAAAUCUUUGUUGACUUGUAUCUACUUAUGAACACUUUAAUCAGUCCAAUUACACUUAAAGAUACAGUUAAAUUAUAUGUACAUUUUUAUGAAGUAUGCACAUGCAGGCAGUUGGAAUGAUAAUGUAGAGAAGGGUAUUUUGUUUCAUUGCUUCUUAAUAAAAAAUACCUGAUUCACUGUGUUUUUAAUGUCACCCAAUUGUUUAUGGUUUUUGUUAAGGUAAUGUUUAAAUUCAAAUUAAUGUAGUUUUAUGAUUUUUUUACUCUACAAUUUGAAGUGAUCAAAAGUUUUGAUCUUUUUAAGUAAAAUAAAUUUAUAUUUUUAGAAAUUUUUACAAAACAAUUUUUAACAUUUUUGAUGAUUUUUUUCUCUUUCCGUCCUUAGUUUUCUGUGUUUCGUAUAGACAAAAGUAUGUUUAUAGUUUAAUUUAUUUUCAGUAAUUUAUUUUAUUUGUGUAGUUAUCCAAAACAAAUUGUUUGGAUGAUCUUUUACCUUUUUGGACAAAAGUUCAUUUCAAUACUAUUCCAUCCAGAAUUUUCAGUCAUUCAAAACAUAUGUUUUGGCACAUACAAUUUCUUAUAUAUAUGAAUAUGUUGUUGUAUUAUCUGUGAUAGUGUGAUAUUGUUAAUUUAACAGUAUUACUGUUUUAUACACGUUAGUUGAUGUACUGAUAGUGAAACGGUGUGAUGCAUAUUAUUAAAGUGCACUAGAACGUUUACAUUUAUAUUUCUGCUUUGAUGAAUUCCUACUGUUCUAUAUAGGGACAUUAAUUAUGCCACAUGUUUUGUAUUUCCCAUCAUUCCUUAGGACCAAUAGGUGUACACCUAUAAAGACUGUUGCCAGACUUUAUUCUGUGCUCAGUAUUUUAAAAUUGAGCUUGGAGACCUGUCUGAAUAAGCAGCAUUGCCAUUGGUCAAUUUCAACAUCAUGUUCUGAUUCGUCCAAUCAGAUGCUUGAAUUUCGAGACUGGUCUCCAAACUUGGCAUAAUAACCUUUAACAUUGAUCAAAUACUCUGUUACGAUAUUCCAAUACAGAAACAUUCGGUCAUUGAUACGUUAUGGUCCAUCUUGAAGAAAAACAGUGGUCAAAAGUUCAUAUAUUUAGAACUUCCUUUUGCAGUCUUGAAUCUUGUUCAUUGAUAGUAAAUUUACACCAUGUCCGUCAAAGUAUUUUGUUUAAUAUUUGAACAAAGUCGUAGCAGUGAUUUAUAACGUUAUUGCAUUUAAGCAUCAUUCCAAUUUAUUUAUCGAGUUUUAUUUCACAUGUUUCAUUUUCACUGUGCUCACAUGAUGUAUGUAGUGGAAAAAUGUUGGUUCCCAGUCUGCCAAUAACUGUUUCAUACAGUGUUUUGUAAACUUGUAUGUCCUUUGUUUUAUUUUUUGUUGUAGGUUUUAUAAGGGUGAGCUGUUCAGUGUAAACAAAAGGUUCAGCUGGUUAAUUCUUUAAAAAAAGGGUUUUACCAAUUCAUAAAAUUCAACUGUUUCUCAAGUUUAAGUGAAGGAGACAUUUUUAAGUGUAAUAAAACGUCACAUGAAAUUAAUUACAUGAAGUAUGAAGUUGGUGAAUUGUAACAUCAUUUCUGGUUCUCACAAUUUUUUUUAAACAACAAGGUACCUUUUUCGUUUGACAACUCUCCAUUUUGUGAUGAUUUAUUUGUUCACUUUUCUUUUUUUAUUUCUUAAAACAUAGGGUUUUUUACUUUAAAUCAUAGAUUAACAUAUGAAUUAGUUUGGUGAUUGUAAAGUUUUGAGGUAGACUUAUUUAUUUUAGGCUGAAAUUGGGAUGGAAUUACAAAAUAUAGGAGAUUUUUGAAGUGUCAGUAUAAAAUCAUUUUGUUUUGUUUUAACCCUUAUCAAGCUGAACAGAGUGCCUUACAACCAGUGCAGAUCAUGAUCACACUGCACGGCUACAUGUCUGUGCAGUCUGAACAUGACCUGUACUGUUUGCCAUUCAGUUUGACAGUAUCUUUUUUGUAAUGGUACUGUCCGAAAUGAAGGAUUGACAAGUUCAUUUUAGAAAUUUAGCAUGGUAAGGGUUAACAAUCUAUCAUUAUGAUAUGUUGGACAUUUUGAGGUAAAUAUAUCUUCUUACUAGUUAAAUUCAUGAAAUGAGCUGCACCAUGAGAAAACCAACAUAGUGCGUUUGCGACCAGCAUGGAACAAGACCAGGCUGGUCUGGAUCCAUGCUGGUCGCCAAUGCACUAUGUUGGUUUUCUCAUGGCGUAGCUCAAAUAUGUAUGACCGGCUUAUUCCAGCCAUGCAUGAUUUGAAAUAUUUAUUUAAUGUAAUUGUAGUCCUACAUAUUUUGUAAGUGUCAUAAUUUCAUAACUUAACAAUCAUUUUUUUAUAGUUUCACAUAUGGUAGUCUGUGAUAUUACUUUUAAUUUUAAGUCAGUUCAAAGAUAAACUUUGAAGAGGAUACAUAACAGUAAAGCGUACCCAUUUAUCAUGACAACACAUUUAAUGGAGAGCAAUUGUUUCCAAAAUGCGUGAAAGAUUACACAGUGUGUCAUUUCCCAGGAGUAUUAUUUGAGCACUGGGUCAAAUUCAGGGAAGUAACUGAUUACAAGGGAACAAUACAUUUAAAAUUGUCAAGAAAUGCCAACAUCACAUUGUCUAUGCAGAAACUGUGUUUUAAUUUCUAUAUUAUUUUGGACGUUGAAAAUUUUACCAAAACUUGGUCAUUUUGUUUUUAACUAGCAUUCUUUGAGUUAUCACAUGAAAAAAAUGGGUUCGUUUUCAAUGUAUCUUAUCAAUUCCUGUUGUUUUGUUUGUGUGAAAAACUUGUUGAUUUCAGUAUGAGUGACUGUUUGGUUAAAAAUCUUAGUCAUUGGCCGUCUUAGUUUAUAUACUAGUAUAUACAUGUACAAAUACAAUAUUUUGUACAGUAAUGAUCUGAAGAAAAGUAUUUGUUGUCUAGAAUUUGCAUUAAUGCAAAAAUAUGUAAAUUAGAACAUUGACUUUAUACACUUAUUUAUAAUACAGUGACAUUCCACAUACAAUUCUAGAAGUUUUACACAGUAUUUAUACCUGUAUUUUUAUAUGUAUCAGUAAUAUUGUCGCUAGAAACAUUCAAUAAAAUGUCUUUAUAUUUACA